AUGAGUAUAAACAAACAUGUUAUCGUGAGCUUCAUCAACUCGGAAAAAACAAACUUUACCGCGCGCCAAUGUUGGAGCCGCAAGAGCCGAUCUAAAUUUGACCUUAACGCGACCUUGAUAUUGAGGCGAUGCGGAAAGGUUGCAGGUCAAGCUGGGACCGUAAAUAUUAGACCGCUGACUACAGGUGUUGGUAAUUCAAGUCGUGAUCAUCAUGAACGGAUGGCAGAUCAACAAACGAGACAUAUAGACAAAAGGAACGGAGGGGAUAGAUAUCGAACUCACAGCAAGCAAUUCUUCUCAAAAGGCCGGGUAUUCAGCACAGCAUUUCAAGAUGAAGAUGGAUUAUCGAAUCAAAAAUUUCUUAUCAUAAGGGAAGGCCAGGAAAGUCCAGACGAUCUUGGGACCCAUUGUACAUGCCUCUCAGUGACGCCUUUGAGAAAAGACUUGGACUUUUCAGAAUAUGGGCUUCUUCAUGCCAGCUCAACCCAGCCUCCAUCGAUAAGGGGGGUAAAAUUUAAACCCCUCCAGGUCGACAUUUCAAGGGAUACUCGAUUCGAUGCGCCCAUGUUCGUUAAUUAUAUCCAAAUGUUCAACGUGGAUACUAAUUCAGAGGUCAACGAUAUUGGGAAACUACGAACGGAAUCUAUACAAGAUUUAAUGGAUAAUUUCAAAGACUCCUUGUUUGAUUCACCACAAGACAGAGAUGGAAGAAGUGAUAAGCACGGGAAAAGGAAAGGUAGGGGUGAAGAUGAUAGCUCACGCAAACCACCGCAUGGACACAGAGAGCCUAGCAAACCACAUUCAAAGGCACCAACAACAUCCAACACACGUUCUACACCCCCAAUUGCACCUGGCUCUAGCUCUGUACCCAAUGGCUCGGAAGCUACAAGUAGAAGACCAAAAUUACGUAACCUUGAUAUGCCGGAAAAUACAAAACGGCAAAAGCCAAAGGGGUCGUCUCAUGAUUCAGAUGGAUUAGAGGAUAAUCCGAAUUCCCCAACGAAGGCAAGAGAAGCAGAAAACAGAAGAUUACAAGAUGCUAGAAAUAAUCCACGAAGGCCUGAUCCUCUACCAGUGGACCAACUUCGUGGUACUAAGGAUCGCCACGAGAGAGACAACCCUGCAAGACGAAGAGAAGAAGGGGAAAUACCAAUGGGAUCCUCACGUGCAGAUACUGAACACGGCAGAGGGGAUGAACGAACGGGUAGACCAGGGAUAAGUUUGUUACCACAUUCACCAACUAAGCGAAAUAUGAAUCAUCGCAAGGAUGGCGACGAUAUCUCAAAAGCCUCUACUACUGGUGUUCCAGUUCCAAUUCCGAUAGGUGAUUCUUCGGAUAGAGGUAAGCAACGGGAUAGAAAUAAUCCAGGAGUCCCACGGGAGAAUGCAUCAUCACGCAGAGAAGACGCUCUUAGAAGAAACGAUAACCUACGAAAAGACGAUGGCCGACCUGAAAACUCUCGAUCUCGUGCUCAAUCCCCUGAUCGAGCAUUCAAUGAUGGAGGAAAAGAUUACGGUUCAGAUUGGGAAGAAAAUGAUCCCAUUGAUGGAAGACGUGGCCAGAAAGGAAGAGGUUUGCCACAGGAUGCAAGAAACCUUCCACCUCCAAUAGGUCGAAGAGACGAUCCAGCCGAUGGGACUUCUAGACGUGGUAUUCCUCCUGAUGAAAUUCGCGGUCGUCCUGGAGAUUUAAGCAAUGGGCGUUCCAUGCCAGGUAUUGACGAUAGAGGACGCCCGUUUAACAGAGCAGGACAUGAUCCCCGUUCAAUUUAUACUGAAACAAGUUUACCAGGCAGAUCUCGACCCAAUGGUUUACCUGGGCGUGAUGGAAAAACAAAUCCCGCCACUGGCGGUAGACUAUCCGACAGAGCACCUGAUCGCAGAUCAAUGUCAAAUUAUCCCCCGCCGUCUCGCCCAAAUGGACGUGAUCCUUCUCAAUCUAAUCCAGGUGAUCGUCGACAAAUGCGACCUUCAGGACAUGGUGCUUCUGAUCGAUCAGAUCCUAGAUCGAAUAAUCGCCGUUCCAUCUCCCCGCGACGUCAUGCACCUCCAGCUGGUCAUUCGAGACCACCGGGAGGCGGUUCAGGUGGUGCAACGUUUAGAUCUCAACCACCGCCGCCUUCUCGUGGCAGAGGGCCUCCAUCAUCUGGCGGAAGAGGACCCCCUGGGAGAGGGCCGCCGCCAUCGGGUGGUAGGGGACCAUCUGGUAGAGAUAGUUCUCCUAGAAGAAAUUUGCCACCACUAAACGCUUCUGGUUAUAGAUCUCCGGGUGGCGGUCGAUCACCUAUGGGUGGUUCGUCGCCUAUGUCGAGAAGAUCUCCAGGUGGUGGAUACUCUGGGGGUAGAUCACCGGGCGGGGGCCGUUCUCCUAUGGGUGGUCGCUCUCCUGUGGGUGGUCGUUCUCCUGUGGAUGGUCGUUCUCCUGUGGGUGGUCGUUCUCCUGUGGGUGGUCGUUCUCCUGUAGGUGGCUCAUCGCCAAUGUCGAGGGGACCUCCCGGUGGCAGAUCUCCGGGUCCAUCCUCGCCGAUAUCAGGUGGUGGCUCACCUCGUGGGUCUCCUGGUAGUUUGUCACCGGGCAAUUCGAUAGCAGGUGCGUCACCAGGAAUGUCGCCCGGAGGAUCACCUGGUGGUUCUCCUAUUGAGUCACCAGGCGGCUCAUUAGGGUCUCCCAGAGGAUCGCCCAUGGGAUCACCUCCCCAAUCUCCAGGCAGCCGUCCAGAUUCCCCAAUGGGGUCUCCAAUGGGCUCCGAAAUGGGAUCUCCGAUAGGAUCACGUAGAGAUUCUAUGGCAAGUGAAUCUUAUGUUGGUUCGCCUCAAGAACAAUCUCCAAUGGGAGGCUCUUCAUAUCGCUCGCCAAUGGGCAGUGGACCUCCAAGUCCUGCAAUGUCUGGAAGAUCACGAUCGCUGAGCCCUCCACCUCGCGGAAGACUUCAAUCUGGCGGAUAUUCUCCAGGGCCUAGCUCUCCCAGAAGUCCUGGUCCUGGAGCUAGAUCUAGACCCGGUAGUGGAGGUGUCAGAAGAAGAGGCCCAAAAGGAAAGUCUAGAGGGCCUGCCAAUGGUGGACAGCCACCUUCGAGUGGAGCUAAUAACGAAGAGCCAUAUAUAGGUGAUGAUGAUGGGUGUGGGUGUUGUGAAAAUGGCUGUGCUGCUUGGUGGAAAAGUGUUGUAAACUGGUGGAAUGGUGUUGGACAAGAAGAAUGGAUUCAGAUGGAAGAUCAGAAAGAUAAUGGGAAACAAAAAUCUGAACCAGAUCAAGGUCCAGAAGAUGAAGAUGCAAAAUCAGUCACCAGCGGUGCAGAUCCUGGUAGUCCUUCAUCGACGAAGGAUCCAUUUGAAGAUGGACAAAAUGACGAAAGCACUGCGGUUGGUUCAGAUGGGGAAAAUAGUGGUGAUGAUCCUGAUGGUGAAAGCGAGGAUGAAAAUAGUUCUGAUCAAGAAGAACCCGAUGCUGAUGCUCGCUCGAACUCUGAUACAGAAUCCAAUCAGGGAAGUGAAGAUGAAAUGGAGCCUGAUGAUUCUUCUGCUGCAGGUUCGAGACGCUCAUCUACAGCAGUAGCUUCUGAGUUUGAUCAUCAAGAUUCUGUUCGCGAACCUGCUGAUGAUCAUCCUCAAAAUCCACCAAACAUUAAUCAUCCUGCAAACGAGAAUUCUUAUUCUGCGAAUAACCAGUACAUGGAAACUCCACAGGAUUCUUACAGCUAUCUUCCCAAUGACGAUCGCUCCUACAUGGGUCAACAUAAUUACGCACCUCAAAAUGGUUACCCAAAUAAUCCAAGUAAUAUGCCACCUCAAGAGCUAGAUAGUGCACACCCAGCCACUCAUUCUGCCAAAUCUACUGCAACAGCCUUUCCCUCCAUCCCUGAAGAUGCAGCAGAACUAGCAACGGACAAUAGUGAGUCGCCGAACCCACCGCCCUAUGCUCCCAUGCCCUCAACACCUCAACAACUCUCACGACCUCGCUCUACUCGCUUCGAACUUGCAUGCGAACGUGAUCCUGUAGAAUUAGAAGUCCCUCCCAUGCCGACUACGCGUGGGAAAUCUGAACUUUUCCUUCCACCAAGUCUGACCCCCGGCGUGGCUACUGCUCCUCAUACUGCUUUUUCGCAAUUCUCAGCGAUGGGGAGUGCUAGAACACCUUCUCCAUUCCAUCAUCCUCCUAUGCCUCAAAUUCAGAGUUCUUGGGCUCCUCCACAACAACAAACAAAAUUCCCACCGUAUCACCCACAGGUACCCGAUCAAUCGCUUGCAAAUACAAAUAUGAAUAUGUCAAAACAGGGUCCACAAGCGAAUUUUGGUUCUUCGCAAUCUCAAGCUCAAGCUCAAUCCCAACCACAAUUAAGAUCCGGAAUGAAUUAUGCGCCACAAGUUCCGCAAGCUCCGCCUCCUACUUAUCCGGGAGCUCAGAGAUACGAUGCAAGAGGUAAUCAGUUUCAUGAGCAAGCUAUGCGUCAACCUUCUCCAUAUCAGCAACAUAUGAGGGGUACGCCGCCUCCUGUAGUACCGGCGAGGAGUGAAAUGAGGCCAUCCAGUUUUCCGCCGCCGUUAAGUUCGACCAGAGGUGUGAGCGGGGCUGGAGUGAAUCCUGGAAAGGAUGGAAGAGGUGCGAGGGGAGAGAAUGGCAAGCGAGGAGGUCAAGAUCCGAGAGGUAAAGAUUCAGUAUCCGAAGGUCGAAGUCGAGGACAUCAAGAUCCAAGAAAUAAAGCUCCACCGUCUAGAAACCAAAGAAAACAUUAUUCGGAAAGUGAAUCAGAAUCAGAAUCCGGUUCGGAUUCGGACUCGGAAUCAGAACCAGACUCAGAUUCAGAUGACGAAUCAGGAAGUGAUGAUGAACAUGGAUAUAAUCGUCAAAGAGGUAUGGAUGAAGAAAGUGAUAGUGAUGAUGAUAGCGAUCUUGAUAGUGGAUUCGGAACUUAUGAUGAUGAUUUGGUUGGGAGAGAAGAUGAUAUGCAAUCAAACUAUGGGGGCCCUGGACCUCAAGAUCCGACUGGGAUAGAUCCUAGAGCGGGGAUGGGAAAUAUGCAAGUUCAUCCUCCGCCUGCUCCUGGGCCUGUAGCAGCCCCACCCCAAGCCCAUAUGAAUGGUAGAGGGGUAGCAGAAUUUAAUUACGGUGUACUGAAUCCAAAUUAUGCAGCGCCAAAUCCCUACAUCGGACAAAAUCAGAUGCAAAUGCAUAUGCCCCCAAAUCAAAACCAAUAUCAAAAUAGACAACCUCAAAUUUCCGGAUCAGCACCAACACCUGCACCGCAUAUGCAGAUGCAUAAUCCAUAUCAAAGACCAGGUGAUAUACCACAUAACCCUCAUAUGCCACCGCAAGCUCUGGGACAUAAUCAAUACAGUACACCGAAUGAUAUGUACAACAAUCCCCAUGGACGUCCUGAGCAACAACAUCAACAUCAACAACAACCGGCGCCUCGCGCACCUCACCAACCUCAGCCGUCAGCCACCAUACCAGAACAAUCUCGAAGACAUAAGCCUGAGACCCAAAAUUCUCGGCCACAUAAGGGAGUGGAAGAAAGUCAAAGAGAUGUUCGCGGAGAGAGAAAAUCAGAGGAGAGAAAUCAUCAUGUCGAGAAAUCUCGUGUGGAGAAACCACGCAAGAAGGAACGACCUCCUGUAUCUAUGAGCCCGCCAGAACCAGCACAUCCUCAGCCCGAUGAUGAAAUGAGUCCAAGUCCGUCAAGGCAGUCACCAUUUGAGCAGGGAAAUGAGCAAGAGCAAAUGAGAGAAGAGCACGAUAGUGAUAGUAAAAGUGGUAGCGAUGAUGAAUCUGAGCCGGAAGAAGACCCAGAGUCUGAUUCCGGUUCUGAUGGCGAAGAAAGUGAUGGGGAAGCAGGAAGAGAGGAGAAUGAUCCGCAUGAAAAUGAAGACGGAGAAAUGGAGAGUGAUACUGAAAGUUUAGCGCCUCCAUCUCCAUCUCCAGUCCAGGAAAAGAGAGAGAGGAAACGACGGGAAGAGGGUGAUAAGAGUAGAGGUGGGAGUGGAAAAGAAAGUGGAAAAGGAAAGGAAAGAUCAAGAGGAGGGAAACAGGGUGGAAGGGGUGAAAGGGGCAGAAGAGAAAGAAACGGGAGGGGGGGAGAUAGAAGAGGGAGGGGAAGAGAAGAUGGUGUGGAUGUUGGGGGGAAAUUGAAGAAAACUUGGGAUUUUUUGAAGAAGUUGGAUUAUCAUGAGAACAAUUGCAUUAAUGUAAGGGUCUUGGGGAACUUUGGAAUAAUUAUGGCGGAAGCCCUCGGCAUCGCUGGCAGCGCAGUUGGCAUCAUAUCCUUAGCUGUCCAGCUCGGAGAUGGCAUCUUGAAACUCAAAUCAUUUUGGAAUGCCGUUAAAGACGCCCCGGAAGAGAUCUUAUACAUCCUGGAUGAAUUGGACAUAACGCAUGUGCUACUCACGGAAAUCGAGAACAGCCUUGGUAGCCAAACGAUAUCGCCUGCAGCCGCUAGAUCGCUUCGGCUAUGUCAAAAAGGCGUGGACAUAUUGAAAAAUGCCAUCAAGGAGCUAGAAGAUGAAAUGCGACCGAGAAAGAAAUGGGGGGGGGGGGGAGUCAAGAUGGUAAUGAAGAAGGAAUUGCUUGAGAAAAUGGAGAAGAGACUUGGGAGAGCAAAUUCAUUGAUGAUGAUGGCGCAUCAGAACUAUAUUGCGAGUUUGGACAAAUCAAGACACGAUGAACAAGUGAGGUUGGCUACGCAGCAAUUCUCAGAGAUGACUUCUAUUAAUACAAAGAGUCUUUUGGUUACAUCAAGUGCGAAUACCGCUUCAGGUUCCAGGUCUACAAGAGCGCUAUCAAAAUAUCAAAAGAUCCUGAACGCAAAGCUGCGACUUCCUUUCUUCUCGGGUGUAUGGGAGCUAUGUGCAUAUCAAAAAUCGACAUCCGGGUGGAAUUUCAUAUUGAGAACAUACAAUGUUGUUGAUGAGUGUGCGCCUAUAAUGAAAUUGGCCCGUGAUGGAGAUGUAGCUGGUAUGCAGCAAUUAUUUCAAACACGGCAAGCAAGCCCGUUCGAUGUAGACAAGAAUGGGCGCAACCUUCUUCAUGUAGGAAAUCCUUCCCUUAGUUGUCUUCGAAACAUUUCAAUUGAAAUAAUAAGGCUGGGGCCUCUCGUAAAAAAUACAACUAGAUCAAGACGUGGAUAUAAAUAUGGAGAAUUCUUUUGGUUGCUCGAAAUUGCACCUCAGCUGCAGACACUUACGCUUCUAUUCAGGCCGGCAUGGUCAUGGUUCAUUGGUUUUCUUUGUCCUGUUGAAGAUGAUUUCGCAAUGAUACAAUGUUUAGUUCUCAAGACCGAUCAUGAUGUCAUCAAUGAUUUACCGGUCUUCCUAAACCAUGCCUAUCAAAUCACUCCUAAAACAUUCAAAUGGCUAAUUCGAUCUACUGAAAAUCCCAUUCAUGAACGUAAUCACCGGGAACGGGCACUUCUAGUACUAGCAAUCUCUAAAUGCAGAUUGAGGCACAUGAAAGAACUCGUAUGGUUAACCCUUGACAACAUGGAUUUGGAAACUUGCGUCCAAAACUUAAAGCAAGCGGAAUUCUUCACAUUUCUGAAAAGAAUUAUAUACUGCUUGGGUUUCAUAAUCGCAAGAAACCGGGGGUCUGGCGGCAACAUGAGUCUCAUGGCACCAUUUGGAGAUUGUUUGAAAGGUCAUCUAAAUCUCGUACAUGAACUUUUCCUUGUUGGUUCAAAAUACCACAACUUAAAAGUUACAUACAAAGGCUGCCGCCGUAGUUUUCUUUGCAUAUUAUUGAUGGGGUUCUUUGAAGGUAUUCUGGGUGUUAUGAGAGAUAAAGAGAUUAGAGGUUUUGAGCGACUUGAACAAAUUGAACAAAUUUGGGAAAAGAAGAUGUUGGAUGACCAAUUCUGUGGUUUCGUCCCGGUUAUAAGAACAAGCUCCCCUUAUAUGCGGAACUUCCAUGUCGUGAGUUUGUUGAGUUUUACAUAUGGACCAAUAAAAAGCGACUGGCAGUUCUGGUUUACUAUUGAGCCUGAGUGUAUACAUGAUGGCUGCAUUGAAGAGUUCUGGGAUAUGGUCGAGAAUCCGGAAAGUCAGAUACCAGGUGCUUGGAAUUUUGACGCCUAG